GUGUCCGAAAAAGUUUUUGUAGUUAGGCCUCAGAUUGCCGGAGGAAACAGUAUAGGCACCAUGGACAAAAAACUCAACCUGCUCAAUGAAAAAGUCGACAAAUUGUUAUAUAUACAAGAAGACGUGACGGGAAAACUGCAGAAGGUCGAUCGAGGGAUUGACGACUUGGGAAAAGGCCUUCAUAAGCUCACUGCGUCAGGGACACCUGCCGAUCAGAUAGGUGGUGCAAAACGGGGUCUGAAAUUUGAGGAUGGCGCUCAUUCGAUGGACCCCCAAAACAUGUACUCCGAGGUUCUAAACCUUAUGAAAGUGGUGCAUCAAGAUGACACAAAGUACCGCGAGAGGCUGGAAAAGAUGGAGAGAAUGGUUGACUCGGUGGACAAAGUUGUGAAAUUCUUGGCAGAAAUGUUAAAAAAUUCUAGGGUGAUAGAUUUCAUUCUGAAGGGUGGUGUGCCUUGGAAGAAAGGAAGCUUGGUUGAAAUCCUAGAGGAGACGAAAGAUAAACCCGAAGAGAAAGCUCCGAAAGGAAAACAUGUUCUCAUCAAGAAAGGAAUCCAAGCCGAAGGCAAGAAUUCCUUGGAAGAACACAAAAGGGAGAAAAAGUUGGAUGAACCUGAUGGAGUGUGUGAAAAGGUGAACUUGGCUGGUAUGGACCAUUCCAAAACUGACUCUGGUCCACAUGGGAAAGAAAGGACGGCCCAGUUGGAAAGGACAGAAACUUUAGAGCAGGCAAAUAACUCCAAGGAUUGCCAACAGCAAAAAGAUGCCAGUAUCAGGGGCCUGGACCAGCACGAUGAUCUUUCCUGCAUCGCUGGAGGCGAUCCAGCAGGACCUGAGAAUACGGACAAAGACCCAGGCUUGGAAGAGCCUCCAACAAAGACUGGCAAUCCAAAAUCCAAGGAAAGCGAAAAGGAGAUUUCUCGACUCGUUUCUCCGGCUCGGGAAGCCGUGCCAUCCACCUCUAAGUCUGGUGGUGAAAUUAUACGGACGAGGAUUGCCAUCAACAUGCACAUGAGCGAUGCUCAGGAGAAGCCUUCGAAGAGCCAGGAAGGAAACGCAGGAGGAGGCCACGCUGGUAAAUGCGCCAGAGUUUCUGCUCCACCUCUGGCAGGUGAAGGAGCGACACGUUGCCCCGACUCUUGGAAAGGUAAGCAGGCCUCUAAGAGCAGCAGGACUGAUCCCCCGCAAGGUGGAAAAGGGGCGAGGCUUUUGGAUAAGCAAGGAGAGCGGGCGCCUAAGCCGACGGAUCCAAAGCCGCUCACAAAGGCUGAUGAGAAAGGGGAGCUGAAAGGCAAGUUGGCGAGUUCUGUUGCAAAGGAUUCUGGGAAGGAUCCAGGGCCUGCAAGGAAAAGCCCCAAGGAAGUGGCAUUGAUGAGGAACGACUCUUUAAAAGUUGGCAAAUUGGAGGCUGUGGAAUCUGGCAGCGUGCCUCCAGUGGAGCCGGAGAGCGGAUCAAGCCUGUGUGCAGGGAAGCCACCAGAAAAUGCUGCUUCAGUAGGAGCUGGCAAAACGGAAGAACAGGUCAUUGGUGGAAGAAAUCAAACCACAGGAGCAGACUCUUUGUUGCUAAACCAAAUGAAUGAAAUGGCUGUUUCUUCUUCAGAUGACAGCCCUCCGCCCCCUGCCCCAUUCGAGCAUCGCAUAGUUAGUAUCAAGCAAACGGAGGUAUCUGCGGGCUAUCUGGUUUGCCAUCACGAAGUCUUGGGAGGGGGGCGUUUCGGUCAAGUUCACAAAUGCACCGAAAAGUCAACCGGACUCUGUCUUGCCGCCAAGAUCAUCAAAGUGAAAGCAGCGAAAGAACGGGAAGAAGUGAAAAACGAAAUAAACAUCAUGAAUCAGCUCAAUCACGUAAACUUGAUUCAGCUUUAUGAUGCUUUUGAGUGCAAGAACAACCUUACCUUAAUCAUGGAAUAUGUUGAUGGCGGUGAACUCUUUGACCGGAUCACAGACGAAAACUACCAUUUAACCGAACUGGAUGCUAUCUUGUUUACCAAACAAAUAUGUGAAGGAAUCCACUACCUCCAUCAACAGUACAUUCUUCAUCUUGACCUCAAGCCUGAAAAUAUCCUCUGUGUGAAUCACGCUGGAAACCAGAUUAAAAUAAUUGAUUUUGGACUAGCAAGGAGGUACAAGCCCCGCGAGAAGCUGAAAGUUAAUUUUGGCACGCCGGAAUUCUUGGCUCCCGAGGUGGUGAACUAUGACUUUGUGUCGUUCCCGACGGACAUGUGGAGCGUGGGCGUCAUAGCAUACAUGCUGCUCAGCGGCUUAUCGCCUUUCCUUGGAGAGACGGACACGGAGACGAUGAAUUACAUUGUGAACUGCAGUUGGGAUUUCGAUGCAGAAGCGUUCGAACAAGUGUCAGAAGAAGCAAAAGACUUUGUUUCCAGACUCCUGGUAAAAGAAAAGAGCGGCAGAAUAAGCGCAGCAAACUGCCUUAAACAUGAAUGGCUGACGGACCUGUUCAGCAAAGCUCGGAAAUCAAAGGCCCGCUUGAAGUCUCAGGUGCUGCUGCAGAGUUACAUGGCUCAUAGGAAAUGGAAGAAGCAUUUUUAUGCAGUCGCAGCAGCCAACAGACUAAGGAGAUUCCCAAGCCAGUCCGAGAACCCUGCCUAGCCUGCGUCAGAAGAAAACCAGUGAACUUGAUGAUUUUAGCAAGAGUCCCAUUCCUCCCUAUUUGACAAUAAGUUCUUUUCCUCAUCUUCUUCCUUCCUGUCCGCCUCAAGUUUCUCUCUCCGAGCCUCGUAGGAUAGAAUGGGACACUCUCUCGAGUGGAAAGAAACAGCUCCGUUUGACAAAUGAUCACACGAAAAGAAGCUUGAAGUACGCUGAAUAUACCUUCGUUUCCCUAAUUAUUAGUUAUGUUUUUCUCCUGGUUGUGAACCUUAGGAUAUAGUGGGAAGGUAUCCUUGAAAACGGAAAACAAUUCCUCUCAUGAAUUUGCCGGGACGUUCUCGAAUAUUCACUGUGAAAACAGCAUAUAAGAUACAACUGAACGGAUUUGCUCUUCUUGGUACCCUUUUGUCACCAAGGUUCUACUGCAUUUUUGUUGUCCAUGCCCUCACUGUCCAUGCCCUCAUUUGCCCAUACUGAUUAGAUGCAUUACGGAAUGCUUCUCCGCCCUUAUUAAGCCAGUGUAAUUUUGGUUGCACGACUCAUUUUUUAAAAAAAAUGUUUGGGAUGUGUUGACAUCGUGGACUAGAAGC